AUGUUUCUGAGGCUCAAUUUCAAGAUGGUCAACGAUGACGAGCGGACGCAUAAAGUCCCUGCCAGAGCAGUGCCUGACUACAAGGCCCUCACCUCAUAUGUCUUGAAGUAUCUUGACAAGGAACCUCACAUGGCCAAGAUACACAUCCAUACCAAAUCCGGGCCUUGUGUCGAAAGCACGCUUGUGUACGAGGAUAACUACAACACUGGCUGUUUCUCGUGUGAGGACGCGGCAGAGGCCCCGCCUCUUCACGUGCAUCUCGUUCCGAAGGAAUAUGUUCCCAUAUCGAUGGUGCCUUCAGCCUCAGCCUCAGCCAUUCGCUACGACUCCGCGGACGACCUGAACAUCCAGGCCAUCAAGAGGAUUACGAACGGCAAGGAUGAACGGCUCGUUGUUGGUCGCACGAAGAGGUGCGGAGCCGCGGUGUAUGCAGUUCUGUGCCGAAACCACGUCAUCAGGUACUUGCAGACGGAUCUUGACCUCGAUGGCAAGGCCAUCCCUGGCAAAGCAACCCAAGUGAAGAAAGAAAAAAUCAAGUUCUUCAGAGGCAUGAACAACAACACCAUUCGGGAGCAACUGGAAUUCAGGCGGAAAGCGAUGGUGGAAAAGCGCAGAGAGCACCAGGAGCUGCCAAUUCUCAGAGACUUAUGCAAGGUGGCGACGGCCACGGCCAGCACGACUCGUUAA